CCGGGGCCAGUCGGGAGCGGGGUGCAGAGCGACUGUGGCAGCCCCAGGGCGGCCCGGCUGCGCGGCGGCGGCGGCAUGGUGGGUUCGGAGAAGGAGCAGAGCUGGAUCCCCAAGAUCUUUAAGAAGAAGACGUGUACGACGUUCAUAGCGGACCCCGAAGACCCCGGAGGGACUCUGUGCCAGUGCGGCCGCCCCCGGAGCGCCCAUCCCUCCGUAGCCGUGGAAGAUGCAUUUGGGGCAGCCGUGGUGACCGAGUGGGACAGUGACGUGCACACCACAGAGAAGCCGACGGACGCCUUCGGGGACCUGGACUUCACAGGCGCCGGUCGCAAGCCCAGCAACUUCCUCCGGCUCUCCGACCGCACAGACCCAGCUACAGUCUACAGUCUGGUCACUCGCACGUGGGGCUUCCGGGCGCCGAACCUGGUGGUGUCGGUGCUGGGGGGCUCGGAGGGCUCCAUCCUCCAGACCUGGCUGCAGGACCUGCUGCGCCGCGGGCUGGUGCGGGCCGCCCAGAGCACAGGGGCCUGGAUUGUCACGGGUGGGCUGCACACGGGCAUUGGCCGGCAUGUGGGCGUGGCUGUGCGGGACCACCAGACGGCCAGCACCGGGGGCUCCAAAGUGGUGGCCAUGGGCGUGGCCCCCUGGGGCGUGGUCCGGAAUAGAAACACCCUCACCAACCCCAAGGGCUCGUUCCCCGCGCGGUACCGGUGGCGCGGCGACCCGGAGGACGGGGUCGAGUUCCCCCUGGACUACAACUACUCGGCCUUCUUCCUGGUGGACGACGGCACCCACGGCCGCAUGGGCGGCGAGGACCGCUUCCGGCUGCGCUUCGAGUCCUACGUGGCGCAGCAGAAGACCGGCCUGGGAGGGACUGGAAUUGACAUCCCCGUCCUCCUCCUGCUGAUUGAGGGCGAUGAGAAGAUGCUGAAGCGGAUUGAGGACGCCACCCAGGCUCAGCUCCCCUGCCUCCUGGUGGCCGGCUCUGGGGGAGCUGCGGACUGCCUGGCAGAGACCCUGGAAGACACCAUGGCCCCAGGGAGCGGGGGAUCCAGGCAUGGCGAGGCCCGGGACCACAUUCGGCGUUUCUUCCCCAAAGGGGACCCCGAGGUCCUGCAGGCCCAGGUGGAGAGGAUCAUGACGCGGAAGGAGCUGCUGACGGUCUACUCAUCGGGGGACGGCUCAGAGGAAUUCGAGACCAUCGUCCUGAAGGCCCUCGUGAAUGCCUGCGGCAGCUCUGAGGCCUCCGCGUACCUUGACGAGCUCCGUUUGGCCGUGGCUUGGAACCGCGUGGACAUUGCCCAGAGCGAACUCUUCCGGGGGGACAUCCAGUGGCGGUCCUUCCACCUGGAGGCCUCGCUCAUGGACGCGCUGCUGAACGACCGGCCCGAGUUCGUGCGCCUGCUCAUCUCGCACGGCCUCAGCCUGGGCCACUUCCUGACCCCCGCGCGCCUGCAGCAGCUCUACGGCGCCGCGCCCCCCAACUCGCUCAUCCGCAGCCUCCUGGAGCAGGCGUCCCACGGCUCGGGCGCCAAGUCUCAGUCCCUGAAAGGGAGCCCCGCGGACCCGCGGGCCCCUAACGUGAGGCAGGUGCUCAAGAUCUUGCUGGGAGACACGUACGCCCCGAGGUUCCCCGGCGGCGGCUCGCGGGGCUCCCAGCGGGGCCGGGAGAGUGAGAGUCUGAUCUCGGAUUUGCUGGAGUCCUCGGACCCUGGCUCCGGACACACCCCCUGGAGCGACCUGCUGUUGUGGGCAUUGUUGCUGAACAGAGCCCAGAUGGCCAUGUACUUCUGGGAGAUGGGCUCCAAUUCCGUGGCCUCGGCCCUUGGGGCCUGUUUGCUGCUCCGAGUGAUGGCUCGCCAGGAACCCGAGGCCGAGGAGGCAGCUCGGAGGAAGGACCUGGCCAUCAAGUUUGAGGGCUUGGGUGUUGACCUCUUCGGCGCGUGCUACCGCAGCAGCGAGGACCGGGCCGCGCGGCUGCUGCUGCGCCGCUGCCCGCUCUGGGGCGAUUCCACCUGCCUGCAGCUCGCCACCCAGGCAGACGCCCGCGCCUUCUUCGCCCAGGAUGGGGUGCAGUCCCUGCUGACACAGAAGUGGUGGGGGGAGAUGGACAGCACCACGCCCAUCUGGGCCCUGGUUCUCGCCUUCUUCUGCCCCCCACUCAUCUACACCAACCUCAUCGUCUUCAGGAAGUCAGAGGAGGAGUCCUCGCAGAGGGACCUGGACCUGGACCUGGACCUGGACACUAAUGGGGCGGGGCCGGGCCGGCCUGUGGAACCCCCUGAGAAGACGCCGCUGGGGGUGACGCCCCCGGAUCGCUGCCGGGAGACCCCGUGGCGCCGGGGCAUGCGCCGCUGGUCGCACUUCUGGGGGGCGCCGGUGACCGCCUUCCUGGGCAACGUGGUCAGCUACCUGCUGUUCCUGCUGCUGUUCGCCCACGUGCUGCUCGUGGACUUCCGGCCGGUGCCAGGCCUGCCCGAGCUGCUGCUCUACUUCUGGGCCUUCACGCUGCUGUGCGAGGAGCUGCGCCAGGGCCUGGGCGCCGGCGGGGGCAGCCUGGCCAGCGGCGGCCUGGGGCCCGGCCAGGCUCCGCUGCGCCAGCGGCUGCACCUCUACCUCACCGACGCCUGGAACCAGUGCGACCUGCUGGCCCUCAGCUGCUUCCUCCUGGGCGUGGGCUGCAGGCUGACCUCGAGCCUGUACGACCUGGGCCGCACGGUCCUCUGCCUGGACUUCAUGGUCUUCACGCUGCGGCUGCUGCACAUCUUCACCGUCAACAAGCAGCUGGGGCCCAAGAUCGUCAUCGUGAGCAAGAUGAUGAAGGACGUGUUCUUCUUCCUCUUCUUCCUCUGUGUGUGGCUCGUGGCCUACGGGGUGGCUACGGAGGGGCUCCUGAGGCCCCCGGGCAGUGACCUCCCGAGCGUCCUGCGCCGCGUCUUCUACCGGCCCUACCUGCAGAUCUUCGGGCAGAUCCCGCAGGAGGACAUGGACGUGUCCUACAUGGAGCCGGCCAACUGCUCGGCCGAGCGGGGGCUCUGGGCGCGGCCGCCCCGCCCGCAGGCCGGCUCCUGCGUCUCCGCCUACGCCAACGGGCUGGUGGUGGUGCUGCUCGUGGUCUUCCUGCUGGUGGCCAACAUCCUGCUGCUCAACCUGCUCAUCGCCAUGUUCAGCCAUACCUUCGGCAAAGUGCAAGGCAACAGCGACCUCUACUGGAAGGCGCAGCGCUACAGCCUCAUCCGGGAAUUCCAUUCCCGGCCCGCCCUGGCCCCGCCCCUCAUCAUCAUCUCCCACGUGCGCCUCCUGCUCAGGCGGUUACGCAAGCACCGCCGCGUGCCCUCGACGCCCUCUGCGUUCGCCGAACAUUUCCGGAUCUACCUCUCCAAGGAAGCCGAGCGGAGGCUGCUGACGUGGGAGUCGGUGCACAAGGAGAACUUCCUGCUGGCUCGUGCGCGGGACAAGCGCGACAGCGACACGGAGCGCCUGAAGCGCACGUCACAGAAGGUGGACACGGCGUUGAAGAAGCUGGGUCAGCUGCGCGAGUACGAGAAGCGCCUGAAGGGGCUGGAGCGGGAGGUUCGGUACUGCAGCCGCACGCUGGGCUGGGUGGCCGAGGCCCUGGGCCGCUCCGCGCUGCUGCCUCCCGGGGGGCCGCCGCCCCCGUCCCCGCCGGCUCCCGCAGACUGAGCCUCGCCCGUGGACCGUCCGCGCCCAGCGUGAGACCGACUGCACUUCGGCCCCCCGCGGGCCCCCCCC